UCCCCAGGAGGCAGCCGCCUGUCAGUAUGGCUCAAGAGUUCGUGAACAGCAAAAUCCAGCCCGGGAAGGUGGUCGUGUUCAUCAAGCCCACCUGCCCCUACUGCAGAAGGACCCAGGAGCUCCUCAGCGAGCUGCCCUUCAAACAAGGGCUUUUGGAAUUUGUCGAUAUCACGGCCACCAGUGACACAAGCAAGAUUCAAGACUAUUUGGAAACGCUCACAGGAGCCAGAACGGUACCUCGCGUCUUUAUCGGUAAAGAUUGUAUAGGUGGAUGCAGUGAUCUGACGGAAAUGCAUCAGAGUGGGGAACUGUUGAAGCGGCUGAAUCAGAUCGGAGCUCUGCAGUAAUUCUAGAGCCGAUCCCAGGACGUUAUCCCGGAGAGCUGGAUGCCACUUCAGUUGAUAAGCACACUUCCUGGUGUAGUGGAUCACGUGGUGGAUGGAGCCGGGGCUAAAAGCCACAGCAACUCUUUAUUUAAAACUCUGAAAUAUGUUAACAAAAAAAGGGGGGGGGGUUGGCAAAAAAGAGCUGCUUCUUCUUUUGACUCAGUAUUAAAAGUGGACCAACUUGCCCCAACCCACAGGUCUGAAAAGGUUGGUGGAUAUCUUGGGUUUCUUCUUAAUUGGCCCGUUGGGUUCCAAAAGACCCUGACUGCUAAGUGGAUUAGGAUUCACUCAGUGACCCAAAAGGUCUUCUUUCUCUCUGGCACAUGUCUCUUCCUAACUGCUCUUCAUAUGCUAGGACACCUCUACCUCUAAGCCAGUGUUUCUCGACCAAGUUUAUCACAGGCCCCCUAGGAUGAAUCUGUAAUUGGUUUUUGGCUACUGCCGGAAAGGUACUUCACUGAGAUUGACUUAUAGAAUUUGCAUU